GUCAGUUAUCACCUUUGAAAGAGAAAGAAUGUAAAUUACAGGAAGAAAAAAAUAGUUUCUCCUCUCAACAUCAAUAUCCUCAGGCAGAGAUCAAUCUAAGUAAAAAAGCCAGUGAGAUGGACUUCCAAACAAGUCAAUCCAAGACCACCCCUGGUAAAAGGAAAAUGUCCGAGGCAUCAAUGAUUGUGUCGUCUACGUCCAGGUUUUCUGUGCAGAGUCCAUUUCCCUUAAUUAGUACUUCCACUCCACGAAAAGGGAAGAUUAAAACCCCUCUUCAGAUGAUGAGCUUAGUGGAAAGAAAUGAAGUUUUCUCAGUACCUGAGACAAGCGCUAUGAAGGCUGGCCGAAAAGAUAAUUGUGCACCUCUAAUUUCUGCAACCAAGGCUCUUAAUAGGAAUACUUCUCUUGAGAAGCAAAUUCCAGCUGAGAAAAUGAAAAAUAUGAUCCACGGUGAGGAAGAUCUGGAUAUCAAUGGAAAGCAAAAUUUAGAUGAGUUAAGUGAUAUUGUUCCUGAUUCCCAACCACCAGUAUAUAAAAGUGACAAAUCAUUAUUGCCUGGCCUUUCAAACAAUUUUGUUGCUGAAAUUAAAACUCAGAAAAAAACAAAGUGCUGGAUACCUGAAACAAUAAUAACUCAAUGUCAGAAGAUUACUGCGUCAGAAAGUAUAGUAUAUCAAGCUGCUAAUCUAAGUGACAGAGCUGCUAAGCAAAGAGCUUUUGCUUCAAUAUUUUCAAUGACUACUUCCGAGUUAAGAAAUAAACAGCAUUGCAGUGGCAAAAUCAUAGAGGAGCAACACAGCAAAACCAAUAAAAUACCAGAUUCACAAACCAAUGUUAAGCAUUUAGAUGAGAAAAUACCAAAAAGUAAAAGCAGAAAGAGUGUUUUCAACACAUCUGAAAUAUCACUUCCUGCUACCAAAAAGAAUAAUAGUUCACUUACAACUUCAAGGCACUCUAAAUCAAUGUCUGAAAUGAAUGAUCAUGAUAUUAGAUUGAAUGUAUCACCUGCUGCAAAAGAGACUGCUAAUAAGAAAACUGAUCAAAUAAAUUAUGAGAAGAAAACAAAAUCAAAAGAUGUGAUUGAAGCAGCAGAAAUGUUAAUAAGUAAAAUCAACAAAAGAUAUAAAGAAAAGGAUGGUAUAAAAAAUACAGCAAAAUUGUAUCAGUCAUUUUCUGAUAGGAGCAUGCUGUUAAAUAAAAUUGAUAGCGAUGACAAGAAAAAAAGACAGAAUAGAAGGACUGGAAAUUUCAGAACUACACCACACAACAAUACUAAUAAACAAUCUGUGGAUGAUGUCUAUGACUUUAAUCAAAGUGGAUUUGAUGAACCUACAAUAAAGCUUGGAGUCCAGGAAUUACAUCAUAUUAGUUUAGAAGCUACUGAUGUACUCCCAAAGAAAAUGGCUCAGAAAAAUGAAACAAGUAUAACCCAAAAGAAGCAAGAAAAGAAGGGCAGGACAAAUAGAAAGUACAAGCAUCUUUUUAGUGACACAGACACCGAAUAUAGAGGUGAUGAUAACAACACAGAUAUUAGCUGGUUAAGGGAAUCAAAUAGAAAGCCUAAACCUCAGCUCGUAAAUUACGGCAGAACCAGAAAACCAAGGAAGUUCCAAACUCUGGAACCAGGCAAGAUGUUUAUUUAUUACAAAGCCUAUAAAUCAGAUUAUUUUCCUGUAAUUAAAAUGCUGUUCUCUUGGGGCCAAUUCAAAUAUUGGUAUUUACAUGAAUCUUGGUAGGAACGCUCCCUCAAGUUUUCAAGCAGGAGAUUUGCUAGGCAGAAAACAAUCCAACUAAUGUUCAUCCUUCCACAACACACUCAUACACAAUUGAUAAUAUUAGCUUUUGGUAUAGGUCAAACACUGUUAUCUCCUUGCAAUUAUCCAUGUCUGGUUGGAUUUUUAAUAAAAAAUAGACCUAGAAAUUGUUGAACUUAAGUGAAAUAGAACAGCUUUAUAUUUGCCUGCUAAAUACAUACUCAAAAGUAAGAUCUGCUGAGAUUAGUGAUAUUCACAAGGAGGAUUGGCCUUAAAUUAUUUAUUUGUAUUAUACACACAGAGAAAAACGCAAGGUUUUUUUGCUGUCUCUCAGAUUUUCAAUUUAUUGUGCAUAAAGCAGCUCUAAUUCAUUUCUGAAAUUGGAUAUUCUAUUUCUUCUUGUCAUUUCUGAUUAGAAUACAUGCUUCCUUUCCCCUAAAAGCAUAAAAGUACUUUUAAAAUAUGGCUUAUUUUUCAAAUUGCAUUUUAAAAAGAAUCUUCUAUACUUUCUAAUCCUUUUGUGAACUUUUUCUGCUUUGUUUUUUUGUUCUCACUCUUGCAAAUGCACAGAACUAGAGGUAUGUACAUAUGUAUGUACUGUAUAUGUCCCAAAACAUCCCUACUCUUAUAUUGAGGCUAUACCUUUGCUUCUGAGUAGAACACACUUUGCAUAGUUAAAUUACAUUCUAACAAACUACAUUCCAAUAAGAAAACAUUAAAACAUUUUAUCCUAAGUGUAUUUUUACGUCACUUGAUUUUUGCAUCUUGUUAUU